AUGCCUCAGACGUGCGUUCUCUCCCCCAUCGCUUCUCAGCCGUCAGAUGUCGCGACAGACGCCAACGACUCACCGCCGUCGUCCCCGUUAGCAGCUUCCGCAGGUCCUGGAUCGCCGCGCGAGUCUGGCGACUCGGCUUUCCCCGUGAUUUUCGACAACGCGCCGAUCGAAGCGGUAGAAGUUGGCGCGCGGCAGCGCGAACCCGGGGAGGCGUACCCGGUGCUUCCGCUCCUCGCGCUGCCUGUGCGGCUUCACAACGAGACGCGCUCGGAAGUUUCGUGGAAACUGGUGGUUAUCGCGAUCGACGACCCGUUGGUUGCUGCCCGGCGGAUGGACGUGGUUUCGCGGAAGCUUCUGCCGAUGGUGCGGAGAUGGGUUCGCGAGUCGGGUUUCGCGUCGCCGCCACGUCCGCAAAGGGAAUCGUCAAGACGGGAAAAAAAGCCUUCGCCUGCUAGCCCGUCGCGCGACCCUCUCUCAUCUCCUGAUGUGUCGUGCUUGUGGGACGAAGCUGCUCAGAAGGCGCGCGCCGUGAUCACCGAGUCGCACUACACGUGGAAGGUUCUCGGAAGCGCGCUCCGCCGGCCUACCUUGCAACGGAGAGGCCACGUGCACGCGCACGCGCUGCCAGCGUGGCAAGAGCGAGAUAAGAUCCUCAACUGUUUCAACAACGCGACGCUCAGUAGCGAAUCAGCCGCAAAAGGCAGCAGCAGCAAGCGUAAGGAGGAUUCGUCCACGUCAGAAGCUGCGGCGGCGCUACUGAACGAAAUUCUAGACGCGCCGCUGCCCAUGUUCUUGGACCUACGGCGAAGCGCCACUAUCGGAUCGUCAUGUACUGUGCAGAAACGCAGUGCUAAAAAUAACGGCAACAGGUUGGGUGGUGGUGCUAUCAGUGGGCGGUGGUGGGGGAGGGAGGAGAGAAACGGGGGAGAGGGGAGGAGCGGGGGGUUCGGCAAAACCAGUGGUGGUCGUUUGGGCAAUCUGUGUGACAAUAAGGAAGGAAAAGGAUUCUGCUCCGGCGGCGGCGAUGAGGGUUCUGGUGGCGGUGGUGAUGGUGACAAUAGCGAGGGGAAGGUCAGUGAGGGGAAGGGCAGCCAAGGGAAGGGCAACGAGGGGAAGGGCAGCCAAGGGAAGGGCAACGAGGGGAAGAAGAUCCGACCGUCGAUGAGCAUGCCAUCCGCUAAAGGCUUCACCGUUAUUGCUGCCAAGGAUGCUCCGUGGCGGCUGUCCAGGCAGCUCACUGCUGUCGCCGGCAAAGCAUCCCUAGCAGCGGUAGCAGCCCAAGCAGUCACAGCAGUCGAAAGCACAGCAGGAGUGCUUCCAGAGGUGCACCAUCCCCGGGUGCUUUCACCACAGGCAAGAGCACAGCAGGUGCUUGCUCGACCAGGCAACGGGAGCACCACUGCCAGCAGCGCUGCUGCCGCCUCUCUUUCUUCUCCUGCCAAUCGCUCCUCUCUUCCUUCUCCCAGUUCCCGCCCUCGUGCUGUGUGCCUCCCACACAACCCGUACCUCCCGCCCCUCUCACCCGGCUCUUCCCUCUCGCCCCUCUCACCCCUCUCACCCCUCUCACCCCUCUCGCCCUGCCCACCCUGGGCUUCUGACUCUGCUUUCUCUGGCUUUAAACCCUCGUCUGGGGGUGGCACCGUUGCAACCCCCCGCUCGGGUCGCUCUGUGCCAAAGUCAUUUUCCAGUGACAACCUUGCACCGCUCUCCACCGCUCAGAACCGCUCCACUGGCAACCUUGCACCGCUCUCCACCGCUCAAAAUCACAACAGGAAGCUGAGUCAGGCCCGGUCCAUUUCCCCAAGCCCACGCGAGCUGCGAUCAAGGAAUGGGAGGGAGCGUGGAUGGCCAGAAGGAUUUAACUCGUCUUCUACCCUGUUGGUGUCUAGGAAUGAUGGAGAGAGUGUGGGAAUGGUGCGAGGGGUGGACGGUGGUGCUGUGACUGGUUGGUUGAGGAUGGGUGAGGGUUUGGGAGAGCAUGCGUGGUGA